AUGAAGACGACUUGGAAGGAGAUUCAACCUGUGCCCUCGAGCCAGGAGUUCCUGGAUAUCGUUCUUUCUCGGACGCAGAGACGGCUGCCGACGCAGAUUCGUGCUGGUUUCAAGAUUAGCCGGAUUCGAGCGUUCUAUACUAGAAAAGUGAAGUUUACACAAGAGACUUUUUGUGAGAAAUUUCAAAAUAUAUUGGAAGGCUUCCCAAGGUUGCAGGACAUUCACCCAUUUCACAAGGAUUUGAUGAACACGCUCUACGAUGCCGACCAUUUCCGUAUUGCACUUGGCCAGCUAGCUACCGCCAAACAUCUGAUAGAAACCGUUUGUCGUGACUAUGUCCGCCUCAUCAAAUAUGCUCAGUCGCUAUUCCAAUGUAAACAGCUCAAGCGGGCUGCUCUAGGUCGCAUGGCGACGAUAUGCAGACGGCUGAAGGAACCGCUUGUCUAUCUUGAACAGGUGCGACAGCAUCUCGGCCGUCUGCCCUCGAUCGACCCCAACACUAGAACGCUCCUUAUUUGCGGAUACCCCAACGUUGGCAAGUCCAGCUUUCUGAGGAAUAUUACCAAGGCAGAUGUCGACGUGCAGCCAUAUGCGUUCACUACUAAGAGUCUAUUCGUCGGCCAUUUCGAUUACAAAUACCUUCGCUUCCAGGCGAUUGAUACCCCUGGUAUCCUAGACCAUCCGCUUGAAGAAAUGAACACCAUUGAAAUGCAGUCGAUUACUGCUAUCGCGCAUUUGAGAUCUGCCAUUCUCUACUUCAUGGACUUGUCAGAGCAGUGUGGGUACUCGGUCACAGAUCAGAUUAAGCUAUUCAACAGCAUCAAGCCUCUGUUUGCGAAUAAGAUUGUUUUCAUAGUAGUUAAUAAGAUCGACAUAAUGCGGCCGGAAGAUCUAGAUGCCUCGACCCAGGCGGAGCUUCAAUCCAUCUUGAAACCUGGUGAUGUCGAGAUGCUACAGGUUUCCUGUACCACUACAGAAGGAGUUACUACUGUGAAGAACGCGGCUUGUGAUCGACUUCUGGCGGAGCGAGUGGCACAGAAACUGAAAGCGGGGAGUAAUAACUCUGGUACACCGUCAGGAAGACUGGGUGACCUUCUGGCCAGAAUCCACGUCGCCCAACCCAUGGGUGGAGUGGUUCGCGAAACGUUCAUCCCUGAAGCAGUCCAUUCGUUGAAGAAGUAUGAUAAGAACGACCCGGAGAGACGCCGGCUUGCCAGGGAUAUGGAAGAAGAGAAUGGCGGCGCGGGUGUAUUUAAUGUGGAUCUGAAGGAGAACUACACGCUUGCCAAUGACGAGUGGAAACACGAUAAAAUUCCCGAAGUAUGGAACGGCAAGAACAUCUACGACUUCGUGGAUCCUGACAUCGAGUCGAAACUCGCCGCGCUAGAGGAGGAGGAAGAGAAGCUGGAGGCAGAGGGAUACUACGACUCCGACGAGAGCGUUGAAGAUGCAGAGGAGGCCGAUAUCCGCAUGAAGGCAGAGCUCAUCCGCGAGAAACGACAGCUAAUCCGCAACGAGUCCAAGAUGCGCAAAUCGCUCAAGAACCGCGCGUUAAUCCCGCGCAGCGCCAAGGCGCGCAAACUGUCUGAGAUGCAAUCACAUCUAGAAUCGAUCGGGUACGAUGCAACAUCUGCAACCAGAAGUGCCCAGGGACAGACCCCAUCUCAGGCACAGUCGCGUGGCCGGAGUGCUACACGAAACGAGAAUACAGAUACUGCAGAUGCCAUGGAUAUUGAUGGUGAUGGCAACAAUGCACGCCAGGAGCUGCUCCAGCGCGCCAAGAGCCGGGCUCGCAGCCAGGUACCAGCCAACCGACGCGUUGACGGCAUAACGGACAUGAAGACUCGAAGCAAGGCGGAUAAGAUGGCCAAGCUAGCGCAGAUAAAGAUGAAUCGGAUGGCGAGACAGGGUGAGGCAGAUCGACAUACAACGGCUUCUUUGCCGAAACAUUUGUUCUCUGGGAAACGUGGCAUGGGCAAGACUCAACGACGCUGA